UGAAAGAUGUGAACAAAAAACUCGCCGAACAUAACAAUCGGUUGGCUUUAAUUCAAUGGGAUUUCAGUACUGAUAUUAACGAUGCACAUGAAAAGAGAGUUAUCGAAGAGACGGCAAAGUCUAAUAUAUUUCAGAAGGAGUUGUGGAGAAAUGUGACUGAAUUUGAUUUUACAAACUUUCAAGAUUACAGCACAAGACGACAGUUUGAAAAGCUAUCAGUUUUAGGCAUCGCUGCUCUCGAAGAAGAAGACUCCAAACGAUACACAAAUGUCACGACAGAAAUGGAGAAAAACUACGGAAGCGCUACGGCUUGUGUUAAAGACAAAUGCAAUCUAGAAUUGGAGCCAGAUUAUGAUGAGCUGAAGGAGGCGUGGGUUAACUGGAGAGCGAGUGCGGGAAAACCAGUGCGAGAACUGUAUAAAGAAUACGUAUCGUUGGGUAAUAGGGCUGCCGUCAAGAAUGGCUUCAAAACUUUGGACGACUUGUGGCUCUUUCCGUGGGAAACAACUGAUAUUAAGGAUCAAAUGGAGGGCUUAUGGCUAGAGUUGGAGGGAAUGUACAAAAAACUGCACACUUUUAUUCGUAUGAAACUGAAAAAACAUUACGGUGACAAAAUGCCAUCCGACGGCACAAUUCCCGCUCAUCUAUUGGGCAAUAUGUGGGCCCAAUCGUGGGGACUCAUAGGAAUGCCCGACAUAUUCUGGAACAAAACCGUAUUUGUAAAGCCCGACAACAAGAAAAUGGUUUGUCACGCGUCGGCCUGGGAUUUCUUUGACCAGCAAGACUUCAGGGUUAAGAUGUGUACUGAUGUGACUAUGGAAGAGCUCAUUACAAUUCACCACGAAAUGGGACACAUUGAAUAUUACCUCCAAUAUCGUGACCAACCCGUUGUCUUUAGGGAAGGAGCAAAUCCAGGCUUUCACGAAGCGGUGGGAGACUUAUUAGCGCUGUCAGUGUCCACUCCGGGACAUCUCAACAAAGUUGGUCUCUACAGUCCACUCGUCGACGAUCACGAAACUACUCUAAACUAUCAGAUGUCAAAGGCUUUAGCAAAGAUAGCAUUCUUGCCAUUUGGUUAUCUCAUGGAUUUGUGGCGAUGGGAUGUCUUCUCAGGCAAAACAAGUUCCGAUGAGUUAAACAAAAAGUGGUGGGAAUUGAGAAUCAAAUAUCAAGGAUUG